CCAGAAUCUUGAUUUUGUUUGCUUUGGUCACCACAUCAUCACCGUUGAAGUUUGGUGAUGGGUUGCCGCUUGAGAUAUGCUGGAGAAUACGCUUGACGAAGGGAAGCGCCUGUUGUGGGAUUUGGUAUUGCAGCGGCGUCAAAGCGGCGAAGUAAGCGCGAGGAUCGGGCUGAUUGUAGAUUAACUUAAAGUCGGCUUUACGAUUGUUGCUGAACCGCUCGGGCUGCUCUUCGAUCGUCAUCUUGUCGUUGGGUUGCGAAUGCGAAACGUAUAUACUAUAACAAAUGAUACUAGGAGGUAUGGACCGUAGCUUGCUCUCUGGUUAUCACACAUGCUUGGUAGCAAUCGAGGGAGUCUUGGCCAAGAUAUACCUCUUUCAAUUGACAUAUAUCUUCGUGUCAGGACAUAUUACAUCUCCUACGCAAGGAAGUCCGGUACAGCGACCCAAAGAAAAGAGCCAAGAUCAGCAACGAAAGGCACCGGCCAACCAAUUCCCUCAAUCUCCUCAGUCACAUAUGCUAAAAUCAAGUUUUCCGCGGGACCUGCAUACGCGUGGGCUGUCACGCACUCGCAUCUGAUGAACCGAACAUCACCGUCCCAUCUAGGUCUCGGUCUGCAAGCCGGAUCCUACCUACCAACCAUCACAGCUCGAUCAAACCCACUUCUGCGGCGCGGGCCGCGAGGAAGUGAGCGCGCUUGCCUUGCUUCUACUAACAGCCGUUCCUCUGUCGGAUCAGUCUACAAAAUAACGCUCUGUGCGUUAGCGGCGGGGCCAAUCUGCACGACGAACGAGUCGUCAAUGGCCAUCCGAGAAUCUUUGCUACUUUGCGUAUCUCGAUGAAGGGUCGCGUCAUGUAGGCUGCCGUAGGCUCAUGCCGCUAUGCGUGAGGCUGACUUGGGGCAACUAAGCGAACUUGUAACCGAGCUGCAGCAAUUGGCAACAGGGUGCGGCAUGGGGGCUUGCGUGAAGAGAGGCGGGGUCCGGCUAGC